CAGUAACGUAUGCUGAUCAGUAACGUAUGCAGAUCAGUAACGUAUGCAGAUCAGUAACGUAUGCUGGGGUGGCGGAGAAGCGGGAGGACGGGAUGCUGGGAACUGUGCUCGGCCCCAUGAGCGUGUGCAUGCGUGUGUGCGUGUGGGGAAAGGUGCAUUUUGUCAAUGAGGGAGACACACACAAAAAAUGCUGAGUGAUACCUGCCCAUGUGCCCCCAGGGUGCAGUGUUUCUACUUUCCUAUUUAUGUCUUUAUUGUAAUGGUCACAUCUAUCUAUCUAUCUAUCUGUCUGUCUGUCUGUCUGUCUUUUACUCUCCCCAUGGACCUCAGUUCAGCAGACCCUCCACAUCUCUCCCUGCCUGUUUACUUUCUGCUUUUCCCUGAUGCUCCAGCUGUGGCAGGUGCUCUGUGUCUCUCAGUCAUAAAUGCGACUAAUUAAGUCAGAAAGAAGUGUCUCCUCAGAGAUAUGGGACUGGAAGCAGGAGCCCCAUCACGGUGAGAGCUCCUCCAGAGCUUCUCCUGAGUCAGGCUGCAGCCUCGGAUUUCCGGUCACGGAGUGUAACUGUGCAUCGUUACUCCGGCAGCCAUCCCAGCUGGAUUUUCCUUAAAUGGAAACUAAGGGUGAUUCUCAAGAGGUGGAUGGACACCUGAGGAGGAAUGACACUGAGAGCCUUGGUAAGGUUGUCGUGCCGGAUGCCAAGGUGGAAUUCGCCAGAAGGUGCAGCCUGAUCCUAAGCGAUGUUAAGUACAAGGAGGACGCCAAGGAGGUUUCGAGCUCCUUGUACUCGCUGCUGCCAGAGACAAAGGAGACUCUGCCCGCCAGGGAGCUCUCCAAGCUGCAGAGUGAUGUUAAAUACAGGGAGGAAGGAAAGACGCAGGCCUCCCGCUCACUGUACUCCCUGCUGCCGGAGACGAUGGAGACGCAGCACGCUAAGGAGGCCUCUCAGAUCCAGAGCGAGAUCAAAUACAUAGAAGGCAGAAAAAAGGACACUGCUAGCUCUCUUUAUUCCCGUCUCCUGGACACGACAGAGAUUCAGUUCGCAAGGGAGACGACUGAAAUUCAGAGCGAGAACAAGUACAAGGAGAGUGGAAAAAGGACUGUUUCCUGCUCCGUUUACUCUCAGCUGCCAGAGACCAAAGAAAUCCAGUUUGCCAAGGCGGCAUCAGAGCUCCGGAGUGAGAAAAAAUACAAGGAGGCAGGAAGGAAGGAGAUCUGCACCUCCUUGUACUCCCUGCUCCCAGAGACCCCGGAGAUCCUGCACGCUCGAGAGGCCUCCCAGCUCCAAAGUGAGAUCAAGUACAAAGAAGAUGGGAAAAAGGAGAUUUCCACCAGCCUAUACUCCCUGCUUCCAGAGACGACAGAAAUGCAGCUGGCAAAGGAGAUCUCAGAUAUGCAGAGUGAGGUUAAGUACAAGGAAGCUGGAAAGAAUCAUAUUUCCAAGAGCAUUUAUUCUCAUCUUCCAGAAACGGCAGAAACCCAGCUGGCGAAACAGCUAUCUGAAAUUCAGAGCGAGACCAAAUACAAGGAGGCGGGGAGGAGGGAGGUGUCCAACUGCCUGUACUCCCAACUCCCUGAAACGAUGGCGAUCCAGCACGCUAAGGAGGCUUAUCAGAUACAGAGUGCGUUGAGAUACAAAGAAGGCGGUAUUAAGGGUCUCUCCACCUCCCUCUACUCACGGCUGCCGGAGACGACAGAGAUUCAGUUUGCCAAAGAGGUCGCUGAGAUGCAGAGUGAGAACAAGUACACGAGUGGAAAAAAGGCGGCAUCAACAUCCAUUUACUCUCAGCUACCAGAGACAACAGAGAUGCAGUUUGCCAAGGCCGUGUCAGACCUACAGAGUGAGACGAAGUACAAGGCGGCAGGGAAGAAGCAGGUGUCUGCAUCCCUCUACUCCAAGCUCCCAGAAACCAUGGAAACACAGCAUGCCAAAGAGGCCUCCCAGCUUCAGAGCACGAAAUGGUACAAGGAAGAUGGCAAAAAGGGUAUUUCCAGCAGCCUCUUCUCUUCGCUUACAGAGACGACAGAAACACGGUUUGCCAAAGAGAUCUCUGAGAUGCAGAGUGAGAUCAAGUACAAGGAGGAUGGGAAGAAGGAGAUGUCUACAAACCUGUAUUCCUUGAUGCCAGACACAGCAGAGACUCAGUUUGCGAAACAGAUGAUGGAUCUGCAGAGUGAGACUAAAUACAGGGAGGCUGGAAAAAAGCAGGUGCCCAGUACGCAUUACUCCCUCCUAGCGGAGACGAUGGAGACCCAGCGCUCCAAGGAGGCCUCUCAGAUCCAGAGUGAGGUAAAAUACAGGGAAGCUGGCAAAAAGGAGUGUUCCAGGUCACUCUACUCUCACCUUCCAGACACAAAUGAAAUCCAGUUGUCAAGAGAGCUUACAGAAAUGCAGAGUGAGAACAAGUACAAAGAAAAGGGGAAAAGGAGCAUGUCCUCUAGUGUAUAUUCUCAGCUUCCAGAUACCACAGACAUUGAGUUUGCCAAAGCAGUGUCAGAACUCCAAAGCCAGAUUAAAUACAAGGAGGAGGGAAAGAAGCAGGCCUCCCGCUCACUGUACUCGCAGCUGCCGGAGACGAUGGAGACGCAGCACGCUAAGGAGGCCUCUCAGAUCCAGAGUGAGGUAAAAUACAAAAAGAGUGGGAAAGAUGGGACCUCCGGUUCACUUUAUUCCCAGCUCAGGGAGACACCUGAAACUCAGUUUGCCAAAGAGCUCUCGGAGAGACACAGUGAGGUCAAAUACAAAGAAGAUGGGAAGAAGGAGAUAUCCACAAGUCUGUACUUCACCUUGCCAGAGACAGCAGAGACUCAGUUUGCCAAACAGAUGUCAGAAAUGCAGAGCGAGAUAAAGUACAAAAGAGAUGCCCAGAAGGAACUGUCAGAUUGUCUGUACACACAGAUGCCCCAAACCAACGAGACUCAGUUUGUUAAAGAACUGUCCCAGUUCAAGGCUAAAUACAAAGAGGCUGGAAAGAAGCACGGAUCUAUGUCUCUGUACUCCCAGCUAGCAGAGACCAAGGACACCCAGCAUGCGAAAGACGCCUACCAGCUACAGAGCGAGAUCAAAUAUAAAGAAAGUGGGAAGGGGAGCAUUUCAGCCUCUCUGUACUCUCAAAUGCCCGACACGGCUGAGAUCCAGCUAGCUAGAGAGCUUACCGAAAUACAGAGUGAGUACAAGUACAAAGAAAAGGGCAAGAAGAGCAUUUGUGCGAGCAUCUAUUCCCAGCUUCCGGAAACCACAGAGAUCCAGUUUGCUAAAGCUCUGUCGAAACUCCAGAGCCAGGUUAAAUACAAGGAGGCGGGGAGGCAGGUGAAGGCUGUUUCCCAGUACUGUCGGCUGCCGGAGACAAAGGAGACGCAGCAUGUCAGGGACGCAACGCUGUUACAGAGCCAGAUAAAAUACAAAGAAAUCGGGAAAAGGGACAAUUCCAGACCUCUCUAUUCCCAGCUUCUGGAAACUUCCGAGAUCCGGUUUGCCAAGGAGAUAUCAGGCAUCCAGAGUGAGGUAAAAUAUAAAGAAGGAGGCAAAAAGGAUACUGUUACAAGCCUUUAUUCCAGGCUUCCAGAGACCAGGGAGACUCAGUUUGCCAGACGGGCAUCGGAAAUCCAGAGCCAGAUAAAGUACAAACAAGCCACCCAUCAGGAGCUGCCUAACUGCCUGUAUGCACAGAUGCCCCAAACCAGCGAGACACAAUUUGCAAAAGAGAUGUCAGAGUCUCUGAGUGAGAUGCGGUACAAAGAGGCUGGGAAGAAGCAGGCGUCCACGUCGCUGUACUCGCAGCUAGCAGAGACCAUGGAGACCCAGCACGCCAAGGAGGCCUACCAGCUCCAGAGUGAGAACAUGUACAAGGAGAGCGGGAAGCAAGCCCUCCCUCACAGCCUGUACUCUCAGCUCCAGCAGACCGCGGAGACCCGGCUAGGCGCUGAGCAGUCUGUCAUUCAGAGCCAGAAAAGAUACAGAGAAUGUGGGAAAAGGGACAUGUCCUCGAGCAUUUACUCCCAGCUUCCUGUCACCACAGAGGUCCUGUUCGCCAGAGCAGUGUCCAAAUUACAGAGUCAGGUUAAGUACAGGGAGGAGGGAAAGAAGCAGACCUCCCGCUCACUGUACUCCCUGCUGCCGGAGACGAUGGAGACGCAGCACGCUAAGGAGGCCUCUCAGAUCCAGAGCGAGACAAAGUACAAAGCGGAUGGGCGAAAGGACAUCUCUACAUGCUUGUAUUCUCACCUCCCCGAGACGACAGAGAUUCAGUUUGCCAAAGCGAUAUCAGAACUGCAGAGUGAGAAUAAGUACAAACAGAAUGGGAAACAGGACUUCUCUAGCUGUCUGUUCUCUCAGCUCCCAGAAACGUCAGAGAUACAGUUCGCUAAGCAGAUUUCUGAGAUACUGAGUGAGCAAAAGUACAGAAGAGACACCCAUCAGCAACUGCCAAAGUGUCUGUACGCACAGAUGCCCCAAACGAACGAGAUGCAGUUUGUUAAAGAACUGUCCCAGUCUCUGAGUGAGAGUAAGUACAAGCAGGUGGGGAAGAAGGACUUUGUCAACUGCCUGUAUGCCCAGAUGGCGCAGACGAAGGAAACGCAGCACGCUAAGGAACUGUCUAAGCUCUACAGCAAGAAAACUUACAAAGAGGAGGGCAGAAAGGGCAUCACCACAUGCCUUUACACCCAGAUGCCACAAACAAUUGAAACUGUCUUCGCUAAAGAGGUGUCAAAGCACCAGAGCGAUAAAUUGUACAAGGAGAAGUACAAUGCAGAAAAGGGGAAGUCUUCCUACACACUGAUGAAGAUACCACCAGAGGUCACCCACGCUUUGGAGGUCAACAAGCAUCAGAGUGAUGUGGCAUACAGGAAGGGGAAGGAGAGCCUGCACAAGUUCACGGAGGUGGUGGAUCGCCUGGACAUCGUCAGCGCUACGCAGGCGGGCAGACUAGUCAGCAGUGUUGCAUAUAAAAACAAAGCCAACCUGGACAUGCACUGGGAGCGCUCCGUCCUGGGGAGGCCAGACAUCGAGCAUGCAAAGGAGGCCUCCAAGCUUGCAAGUCAGGUGAAAUACAAGGAGAGGUUUGAGCAGGAACAGAAAGGGCAAAAACCUCAGUACAAUCCAGGAGACUGUGUGUCCUUCAGACAUAUCCAGAACGCCUCUGCCCUGGCCAGUCAGGUGAAGUACAAAAAGGAUCUUCAGCAGAUGCAUGAGCCGUCAUCAGAUCUGCCCAACCUGGUGCAACUGGCUCACGUGCUGCAGGCCAGCAAGCUACAGAGCAAUGUGGAGUACAAGAAGAAGUAUGAAGAAUCCAAAGGAAAAUAUCACUGUGCUCCAGACACAAUGGAACAGCUCCACCACAGGGGGAAUGUGGUACUGCACAGCCAGGUGAAGUAUAAAGAGCAGUAUGAGAAGAACAAGGGAAGGUCACAGCUGGAGUUUGUGGACACAGAGUCCUACCAAGUCUGCAAGGAAGCUCAGAAACUCCAAAGUGAGAAGGAGUACAGGAAGCAGUACGAUGAGGGCAUCCGAGGCAGGGCGCUGGUGGAGGUGGACAUGACGCCCAGCUACCUGCAUGCCAGAUACGCUGGAGGCCUCCUGAAUGAGCGUGAGUACAGGAAGGAUCUGGAGAUGGGAGUGAAGGGAAAAGGACUCUCGGGCCUGGGCCUGGAGGAGACGCCAGACCUGCUCAGGGUGAAGAACGCCAGCCAGAUCCUCAGCGAGAAAGAGUACAGGAAGGACUUGGAGAUGGGGGUUAAAGGGAAGGGGCUUUCAGGCUUGGGGCUGGAGGAAACACCAGAUCUUCUCAGAGUCAAGAAUGCCAGCCAGAUUCUCAGUGAGAAGGAGUACAGGAAGGACCUGGAGACGGAGAUCCGAGGCAAGGGGAUGGAAAUCAGCACCGAGCUGCCGGAAAUCCAGAGGGCCAGAAAAGCCUCGCAGCUGGCCAGCCAGGCAACAUAUAAGCAGACGUCCGAUUUGAGGGAAAGCGCCUACGGCACAGUUACGGAUACUCCCGAGCUCUUGCAUGCCUCCUACCUUAAGGAUGUGUACAGCCAGAAAAAGUACAAAGAUGAGGCAGAGAAGCUGAAGGGUGCGUAUGCAAUGGUGUCAGAUACGCCCGAGAUGGAGCGAGUGAGGAACAACCAGAGGAACAUCAGCUCAAUACGAUAUACAUGGGACUCCAAGUUACUCAGAGGUCUGACAUCAUCUGUCACAGAGACCCCAGAAAUCAUCCUCGCUAGGGAAAACGCAAAGAAAAUCAGCCAUGUCCAGUACAAGGAGGAGGUUGGGAGGGGAACCGCGGUGACCGACACUCCUGAGAUGGAGAGGGUCCGGAAGAACCAGGAAAACAUCAGCACAGUCCAGUACAAGAAGGAGAUAGGAAAGGGGAUCGCAGUGAAGGACACCCCGGAAAUGGAGAGGGUCCGGAAGAACCAGCAGAACAUCAGCUCCGUGAAGUACAAAAAGCAGGUGGGACAUCCCACAGCAGUUGGCGUGACCCUGGAGAUGGAAAGAGUCCGACAAAACCAGGAAAACCUCAGCACGGUGAAGUACCAGCAGGGGCUGCAGGAAAUGAAGGGGCGGGGCUGCGUUGCCGUGGAUACCCCCGAGCUGAGGCGUGUCAGGGAAUCACAGAGCAGCGUCUCCAUGGCAAAGUACCAUGAGGAUUUUGAGAAGACAAAGGGCCGGGGGAUGUGUUCGGCAACGACCGAGCCGAGUCGGCGGGAUGGGCGAGUGAUGCGUGACGCAGCGUACAAGGGGAUUCACCCACAUGUGGUGGAGAUGGACCGGCGACCCGGCAUCGUUGUCGACCUAAAAGUGUGGCGGACAGAUCCAGGAUCCAUCUUUGACUUUGAUCCCGUGGAGGAUAACAUUCAGUCUAAAAGUCUGCAGAAGCUCACGGAACGCGCUGUCCACUACGGCCGCCAGCAGUCCCAGCACUCCCAGUCCCGGCCAGCGAGUUCGCUGGGCUCGGAGCUGGGGGAUAAGAGUCUGUCUGUCUGCAGCAGUGGCUCUGCUUUGCUCCCCCAGGACAGAGCACCCGUGCAGCCUGGAGCGUACCAUGACAGUGGACAUCAGAAGGGGUAUGGGUACAUGCACCAAACCAGCACAUUCUCCGCCAGGUCCAUACAGUCAACCCCACACUCUGCAACAAUGCAGAGAGUCUACAGGGCGCUCUAUGAUUAUGCGGCACAGGACCACGAUGAGGUAUCCUUCCGCGAUGGUGACAUCAUCAUCAACGCCCAAUCCAUUGACGAGGGUUGGAUGUAUGGGACGGUGCAGAGGACAGGAAAAUCUGGGAUGCUUCCAGCAAACUACGUUGAGUGUUUCAACUAGAGGCGGGUGGCCCCAGCUUUAGCCAGCCCUGAUUCUCAAAAUCGGGGUGCAGGCCUUUGCAAAACCAAAACCUCUCCACAAUGAGGGAACACAGAAUCUCAGUCACAGAAAUAACUCAAUUCGUAUGUAGCCAGGCUUGUUUCUGGGGAUUGGUUAAAUCUGCAGAGGAGUGUCCAUAUGGAGAAUUAAGACAACUAAUUAUCCAGAAGAUUCACCUGGUCUCUUUAAAACAAUUGGUUCCCUUCAGUAACAGGUUUGGCUACUCACACCACAGUGUAUAUCAUUGAAUCGCUAAAGUUCUAAUGUUCUCAGAGUUAAUGAAAUCAAAUGGCACCUGCACUAAGGACACCUGUGGCAGAGAUUAUCUGUUGUUCAUUACAGAAAAGAACAAAAAAAAAAAAAACCCUGAAAAGGGAGCGAAAGUAGCAAUGCUUAAAUUCUGUCCUGUUUAGGUCCAGUUUCUACCAUGAUUUUGGUCUCUUUAAUUUGUAAUUAAUAGCAAUUAAUUUGUACUUAGUACACAAUGGCUUAGCAGACCUCAUCUUUCACACUAAAUGUAGACGUGUUACCACAACUUCCUCUUGCUUGGAGCAUAUUCUAAUUUUUUUAUUUUCAGACAAAGGACAGCACUUGGGAGUUCAUGUGUCUUUUCAUAUCAGUUACCAUGGAUAUUCACAUCAUUGCAUCAUAUCAGCCUUAUUUUGAGUGGUCUGGCAGGAUAUUUACAAAUAGGACAAUCAGCUUGGGAAAUUUGCCUUAAACAGUGAUUUAAUCAUUUAUGAAAUAAAAAUAUGCUUGCAUUUGAUGCAAUAGAACACCAACGUCCAUCUGUAAUACUGGACAGAAAAGCCUGGCCAUUGGCCAGGUGCUUUGCAUAUAAACUUGCAUGAUGUAACACAAAUUUCAUCCUGAGGGACUUUGAGUGUGGAUGUAUUUCAGCCAUGUGCUCUCAUUGCUUAUACAGAUACUGUGUAAAAAACUUAAUAUAUACUGUAUAUCUAUAGGAGCUAUUAUAAUCACUGUUUGGGUUCCUGCCCAACGUUGUUACUGUUCUACCACAAUAACCUUAUUAUUUUCUAGAAAUUACUUAUUCAUUUAAGAGAAGUAAUAUUUUUAGUAUUUUAUUAUAAGACAAUCCUAAAAUCUUUUUUGUCUUGAGUCUUCUUUAGUCUUUUAAUACCUUUAGUCUUUAAAUGCUUUAUUUUCACAGUUUGUUUUUCAGGUUUUACACCUUUUGUUGAGAUUUACAGAAGAAACACAAAAUAUGUAUCAUUACCUCCUGUGUGUCACGUGGGAAAAUAAAGAGCUUUGUCGGCCAUAGA